UUAAUAACUUUGUCUCUAAAACUAGUACAUGCACUAUGAAGAUGCAACGUACAUUUAUAGUCAUCUUAUCUAUAAUACUUUCUUUCUCUAAAUACAUAUUGCUAGCUCAAGCUAACUUUCCAUUUUUUGGACACUGGUUUGUUGGAUCACAACCUCCUACGAGAGUAUAUCAUCGUCUUCCUCUUGGAUUCGAUGUCGUUGGACCGGAGGCCAUAGCUUUCGAUUGCGAAGGUAGAGGUCCAUAUGUUGGAGUCUCUGAUGGUCGGAUACUCAAGUGGGAUGGAGCUGGUAAUUGGAUUGUUUUUGCAAUAACUAGUUCAAACAGGUCAAAUACAUGCGACGGGGUUAACAAUUCACCAGUUGAGCAAUAUUGUGGCAGACCAUUAGGGCUAAAGUUCAAUCUGGCAACAUGUGAAUUAUAUAUUGCUGAUUCAAGUUAUGGCUUGGUGAAGGUAGAUCGUAAUGGUGGUGAAGUAACUUCACUUGCUACUAGUGCUGAGGGAAUCCCAUUCAGAUUUUUAAAUGCCUUAGAUAUCGACACUGAAAGUGGUGCAAUCUAUUUUACUGAUACGAGUUCCACCUACCAUCGAUGGGAAUAUCCGAAGGCUAUAGCUACAUUUGAAAGGAGUGGAAGAUUGAUAAAAUAUGAUACAAAGACUAAAGUCUUGACAGUCUUGCUAAGAGAUCUAUAUUUUGCAAACGGGGUAGCAUUAAGCAAGAACAAGGAUUUUCUUCUUGUUGCUGAAACAAGUUCUUUUCGUAUACUAAAGUAUUGGCUUAAAGGGCCUAAAUUUGGAACUUCUGAGCUUUUUCUUCAACUUAUUGGGUUACCAGAUAAUAUAAAUAGAAAUUCUAAUGGAGAAUUUUGGAUUGCAAAAACUCCAUCUAAACCAAUUAAGGUUGAUGAAUUUGGAAACAUAUUAGAAAUUUUAGACACAUUUGAAAUAACGGAUGCUAGUGAUGUCACUGAAAUUCAUGGUAAUUUAUGGAUUGGUUCUGUUAAUCAGCCUUAUGUUAUAUAUACCACCUAACUUGUGUAGAUUUUGUUGUAAUAAUACUAUAUGUAUAUGUAUCUAUUCAACCAAUUGAGGUUGGCGUGAGUGGUUAAAGAUUUACUCUCUUUAACUAAGGUCUCAGGUUUGAGCCUUUGGGUAUGGAAAAAAACCUAGCUAGAAUGGAUGCUACCUUUUGAGGUACUCAUGCAAACUCCCGCGAAAGAUUAGUCCAUUCGCCAAAGGCUGUGGAAACUCUUGAUAAUAGGAAAAAAAAAUGUAUGUACUCAAGGCUUAUGUCGUUUUUGCGAGUGAUGUUAGUUUGUAAUUUUUCUUUUGUAUACUUAUUCAAUUUAGCUUGUAAUUGCUCA